GCGGUGGCCGCGGGGAGGGCGGCGGCGACGGCAGUGGUGGCGGCUGUAGCAAGGUAGAAACCGUCGGGUCUCAGCCUGCACUGGGAGCGGAGCAAGUCUGGGGCCUGACGAUAUGGGGGACAUGAAGACCCCUGAUUUUGAUGACCUUCUUGCUGCCUUUGAUAUCCCUGAUAUUGAUGCGAAUGAAGCCAUCCAUUCUGGAUCUGAAGAAAAUGAGGGGCCAGGGGGCUCAGGGAAGCCAGGACCCAAUGUAGGAAGUGAAGCUGAAGGUGCAGCAGCAGCAGCUCUUGAAGAUAACUCUGAAGUUCCAGCCUCUGACCACGGCCUGCCACCGCAGGACACUUCUACCGUCAGCGUCAUUGUCAAGAACACAGUGUGUCCUGAGCAGCCUGAGACUCUGGCUGGGGGUUCAGGAGAGGAAGAGAUCCCACCUGGGGAGGCCACUAAGGAAGGGACUGUGGGGCCUUGUCUAAUGCAAAAUGGAUUUGGUGGGCCUGAGCCAUCCCUCCCAGAAACCCCCAACUCUCCAGCUCCUCCCACUGGGGAUGGCUGGAAAGAAAAAACUUUGGAAGGCAAAGCUCCCUUGGAUCUCUUUGCUCAUUUUGGACCUGAACCAGGCGAGCACCCGGAUCCCUUGCCUUCUGCACCCUCACCCUCUCAGGCUGGGGCCAUGAGCCCACCUCCGUUCCCCUCUUCCUUUGAGCUAGCCCCAGAGAAUAGCCCAGUCCUGGUGCCCCUUAGUUCUUCCCCCCCACCACUAGGGACCUUGAAACAGGAAAGCUGCAGCCCUAGUCAUUCCCAGGGCCUAGCCCAGAGAGGCUAUAGCGCCAAGGACACAGAUGUCCCUUCCAGCACCUCACCUCCUCAGGUUGCUGGGGUGUCCUUCUUUAAGCAGUCUCCCGGGCAUCAAAGCCCACCUGCUUCCCCUAAAGUUCCCAGCUGUAAGCCCUUGAAGGAAGAAGAUGAGGAGCCAGUGGAAAAAUCACCCCCAAGAAGUCCGCAGAGCCCCUCCAGCGGCGCUGAUGCUGCAGACGAGGACAGCAAUGACUCCCCUGCCUCCUCCAACUCUUCUAGGCCCCUUAAAGUGCGGAUCAAGACCAUUAAAACAUCCUGUGGCAAUAUCACGAGAACCGUAACCAGGAUCCCCUCAGACCCUGAUCCUCCUGUCCCCUUGGCUGAAGGGGCCUUCCUGGCUGAAGCUAGCCUACUGAAGUUGUCCCCUGUAGCCCCAAACGCUGAGGGUCCGAAGGUGGUGAGUGUGCAGUUGGGUGAUGGCACUAGGCUCAAAGGCACUGUGCUGCCCGUGGCCACCAUCCAGAACGCCAGCACGGCCAUGCUCAUGGCGGCUAGUGUGGCUCGAAAAGCUGUGGUUUUGCCUGGGGGGACUGCCACCAGCCCUAAGAUGAUUAAGAAUGUGCUAGGCCUGGUGCCCCAAGCUCUGCCCAAGGUUGAUUUGCGGGCAGGGCUGGGAACAGGGGGACAGAAGUUAAAUGGUGCCUCUGUGAUGAUGGUGCAGCCUUCAAAGCCUGUUCCUGCUCCAGGCCCCGCAAGUAGCACGGUGAUCUCACGGACUCAGUCCAGCCUAGUGGAAGCCUUCAACAAAAUCCUCAACAGCAAGAACCUGCUGCCGGCCUACCGACCCAACCUGAGCCCACCAGCCGAGGCCGGACUGGCCUUGCCUCCGACGGGCUACCGCUGCCUCGAGUGUGGGGAUGCCUUCUCAUUGGAGAAGAGCCUGGCACGCCACUAUGACCGCCGGAGCAUGCGCAUUGAGGUCACCUGCAACCACUGUGCCCGCCGUCUGGUCUUCUUCAACAAAUGCAGCUUACUCUUACACGCACGCGAGCACAAGGACAAGGGGCUUGUCAUGCAGUGCUCGCAUUUAGUCAUGAGGCCUGUAGCCCUCGAUCAGAUGGUGGGGCAGCCGGACAUCACACCCCUGCUGCCUGUGGCUGUGCCGUCUGUCCCCGGACCUCUGGCCUUGCCCAUCUUCGGCAAGGGUGAGGGGGCCAUCACCGCCUCUGCCAUUGCUGCCAUUGCCACCGAAGCCCCUGUGCUGCCACUCUCCACAGAGCCGCCUGUUGUCCCUGCCACCUCCACUUACACAUGCUUUCGCUGUCUGGAGUGCAAGGAGCAGUGCCGGGACAAGGCUGGCAUGGCAGCCCAUUUCCAGCAGCUGGGGCCCCCCGCACCCGGGGCCACCAGCAACGUGUGCCCCUCCUGCCCCAUGAUGCUCCCCAACCGCUGCAGCUUCAGUGCCCAUCAACGCACGCAUAAGAACCGGCCCCCCCACGUCUGUCCUGAGUGUGGAGGCAACUUCCUGCAAGCCAAUUUUCAAACCCACCUGCAGGAGGCCUGUCUGCACUUUUCUCGCCGUGUAGGAUACAGGUGCCCUAGCUGCGCAGUGGUGUUUGGAGGUGUGAACUCCAUCAAGUCUCAUGUCCAGGCAUCGCACUGCGAAAUUUUCCACAAGUGCCCCAUCUGCCCCAUGGCCUUCAAGUCUGGACCCAGCGCCCAUGCCCACCUUUACUCCCAGCAUCCCAGCUUCCUCAUGCAGCAAGCCAAGCUGAUCUACAAGUGCGCCAUGUGUGACACAGUCUUUACCCACAAACCCCUCCUUUCUGCCCACUUCGACCAGCACCUGAUGCCCCAGCGCGUCAGUGUUUUUAAAUGCCCAUCUUGUCCACUGCUCUUUGCCCAAAAACGGACCAUGCUGGAUCAUCUCAAGAACACCCAUCCACCUGGACGGGGUGGGGAGGAGACUGCUGGGAAAGGGGGUGGAGGUGCUCUUCUCACGCCCAAGACUGAGCCCGAGGAGCUGGCUGUGACUGGAGAAGGGGCAGCCCCCGCUACUGAGGAAUCUUCAUCUUCCGAAGAAGAGCCGCCCAGCUCCCCCUCGCCCCCUCGCCCCUCCAAACGGCCCAGGCGGGAACUGGGAAGCAAAGGUGUCAAAGGUGGGGGUGGGGGGCCUGGAGGCUGGACCUGUGGCCUUUGUCACUCCUGGUUCCCUGAGCGUGACGAGUAUGUGGCUCACAUGAAGAAGGAGCAUGGCAAGUCAGUGAAAAAGUUCCCCUGUCGCCUGUGUGAGCGCUCCUUCUGCUCUGCCCCCAGCCUGAGGCGCCAUGUCAGGGUCAACCACGAGGGAAUCAAGCGAGUUUACCCAUGCAGGUAUUGCACAGAGGGAAAGCGCACCUUCAGCAGUCGCCUGAUCCUGGAGAAACAUGUCCAGGUCCGGCACGGCCUGCCCCUCGGGGUCCAGUCAGGGAGUACCAUGGCUCGAGGUUCUGGUGCCAGAGCCCAGGGACCAGGAAGGAAGCGCCGUCCGUCUUCUGACUCCUGCAGUGAGGAGCCUGACAGCACAACACCGCCAGCCAAGUCCCCCAGGGGCGGCCCCGGGGCAGGUGGCCACGGCCCACUCCGCUACCGGAGCAGCGGCUCAGUGGAGCAAAGCGUCGUGGUGGGCUUGAGGGUGGAUGGUGGAGCCCAGCAGUGCCUGGACUGUGGCUUGUGCUUUGCCUCCCCAGGCUCCCUGAGCCGCCAUCGAUUCAUCAGCCACAAGAAGAAACGGGGUGUGGGUAGAGCCAGUGCCCUGGGGCUGGAGGAUGGGGAGGAAGAGGCUGCUCCCCCAACAAGGUCUGACCUAGAGAGUGGAGAUUCGCUCCUGCCAGCUCCUGGAGGCCCACUCACCUGUAAGGUCUGUGGCAAGAGCUGUGAUAGUCCGCUCAACCUCAAGACCCAUUUCCGCACGCAUGGCAUGGCGUUCAUCAGGGCUCGGCAGGGGGGCAGUGGGGAGAACUAGGCCCCAGGCUGGGACUGACCAGCCCUUCCCUCUCCUCCCACCCCCCCCUCCCCCAGGCAAGGAGCCUGGGUUUCACUGCUGCUGCCACCCAGUCCCUGGGCUGGGGAAUUUGUUUAACAUUCACAUUUUGUUCAGUUUCUCCAAAUCCUGAAGGAAAAAGCUUUUGAGGAUUAUAGUGAUUUAUAACCUCCCCUCCCUCGGGUUUGGCCCUUGGGUCCUAGUCAAAUGAGCCUUCCAUUCCUCCUUUCUGAACUCAACACUAAUUAUGUUCCUGCUGCAGACCCUCAGUGUGUGGCUGAGGAUGGGGGAUGGGACCUAGGUAAAGUCUGCGAUCAGGCACAGGAAGGGGGGG